AUGCCAAAGCAAGGGCUUUGCCCCUUUUGUAAGGUCCGGGCCGUCGAGAAAUGGACUUGGAGUGGAAUCCUGGGCACCGUUUUUUGCUUCCCUUGUGCGUUUUGUUGCAAUUGUUGUAACAAGAAGACCCUCCAGUGUCCAGAGUGCGAUCUUGAGGUGGGUAUUGGUGACGCAUUGUUUUCACUUUUUGCGAGAUUUAUGGGCUCAGAAAGAGACCAAAUACUCUGAAUAGUGGAUCCCGGACUUCCCAAAAGUCCUCGUAAACAGCCGAGAUCACACGAUUUCUGUAUCAAUUAAACCUUGAUGACUCAUGUUUUUACGGUUCAUUUUUCAUUACAAAGUUUCAGGGUUAAAAACUUGAUUUCAGGGGUUUAUGUUUUUGAGUUAGUAGAAAUUUUUUAUUUAUUUUGUAUUAGUAGACCAGUUCAAGUGUAAUAUUGUCGUACAACACCUUUCCAUGAACAAUGUCGUUGAUUUCAGGUGAUUGAGUCUGAUGGAAAACUGCCUAGGUCAGCCCGGGAGUACAAGUACUACAAAGAAAUGAAUGACAACGGCAUCCUGGCCAAGCCCUACCCUUCCAACUCCAACAUUUCCGCCCAAACAAAAGUGACCUCAAGCUCCGUCAAUUGA